AUGAGUUUCCAACAGUUUGAUGAACGGCACCAACGCUUGGUGAAUCGGUCUCCUCCAGUCCCCCAGCAGCUCCGCUCUCGCCCACGUGCCCAUGGAGCAGGCUGCAUACAGCAAACUGGCUUCAAGCACGCCCUGGGCGCGGACGGGGCCAAACCCGGAGCGCUGCGCAGCCUCAGCGCGGCACGGCGCAUGCUCGCGCGUGCUCAGAGCGCGCGGGGCGGGGAGCAACGGUCGCGGAAGCUUGCUCACUUUCCACCAAGGACGCAUUACCAAGGAACACCCGACAGCCGAGCUGCCCCUCCUUUUCCAAGGUCCCACCUUGCUGAAGCUGUUGCCAAAGCCAAGGCAGGUGGAGGAGGAAGCAGCAGCGGGACUGGAAGAGGUCUCGUGGGGCAGAUUAUCCCUAUUUAUGGAUUUGGAAUCUUCUUAUAUAUCCUGUACAUUUUAUUUAAGCUGUCUUCUAAAGGAAAACCUGCGGUUGGGGAGAGGAAAUGUCCUCCUACUGUACCUGGAAACAUGAAGAGAAAAAUCACUGACUAUGAGCUUGCCCAACUCCAAGAAAAACUGAGAGAGACUGAAGAAGCUAUGGAAAAACUGAUCAACAGAGUAGGGCCUAAUUGUGACAGAACUCAAAAUGUAACAACAGACCAAGAGAAAAGGUUGCUUCAGCAACUCCGAGACAUUACUAGGGUUAUGAAAGAAGGAAAAUUCAUAGAUGGCAUCUCUCCUGAGAAGGAAGCUGAAGAAGCUCCCUACAUGGAGGACUGGGAAGGUUAUCCAGAAGAGACUUAUCCUGUCUAUGAUAAUUCUGAUUGGCUCAAGCGUAAACAGGACACGAUCCUUGUAGAUUAUCCAGACCCAAAUGAACCCUCUGCAGAAGAGCUGGCAGAAAGAAUGGAGGCCUUUGAUGCUGACGCUUACCUGUGCAAGGAGAGCCUGCUCUCCAAUCUCACCAUGGGGAGCAGCAGCUGUGAUGCAGGUCAGAAGAUGAAUGAUGAAACUGGCAUCGCUGACCAGGGCAGGGACCUUGGUAGCAGCCUGGACUUUGAGGAGAGCUGUUGCUGCUGCGAGGAGGACAGUGAUCCUGCUGUCUUGGCAGAGAAUGCUGGGUUCCACUCGGAGAGCUGCAGUGAAGCAGAGGAGCCAGCCAGAGAGGACCUGUCUGGGGAGUCUGACGAUGAAAACACAGCACUGAGGGAGCAAAAAGCCAAUGAUUCAAAUGAAACAGGCACCCUGAGGAAGCGCAGCACAAAAGCACUUGAGUAA